AUGCCGCGUGAGCCUGCGAAGAGGAAGGCAGAAAAGCGGCUGUUUGACGCCUCGUCCUUCGGGAAGGACCUUCUGGCCGGCGGAGUCGCGGCAGCUGUGUCCAAGACAGCAGUGGCGCCCAUCGAGCGGGUGAAGCUGCUGCUGCAGGUGCAGGCCUCAUCGAAGCAGAUCAGCCCGGAGGCGCGGUACAAAGGCAUGGUGGACUGCCUGGUGCGGAUUCCUCGCGAGCAGGGUUUCUUCAGUUUUUGGCGUGGCAAUUUGGCAAAUGUUAUUCGGUAUUUUCCAACACAAGCUCUAAACUUUGCUUUUAAGGACAAAUACAAGCAGCUAUUCAUGUCUGGAGUUAAUAAAGAAAAACAGUUCUGGAGGUGGUUUUUGGCAAACCUGGCUUCUGGCGGAGCUGCUGGGGCAACAUCCUUAUGUGUGGUAUAUCCUCUAGAUUUUGCCCGAACCAGAUUAGGUGUCGAUAUUGGAAAAGGUCCUGAAGAGCGACAAUUCAAGGGUUUAGGUGACUGUAUUAUGAAAAUAGCAAAAUCAGAUGGAAUUCCUGGUUUAUACCGAGGGUUUGGUGUUUCAGUACAGGGCAUCAUUGUGUACCGAGCCUCUUAUUUUGGAGCUUAUGACACAGUUAAGGGUUUAUUACCAAAGCCAAAGAAAACUCCAUUUCUUGUCUCCUUUUUCAUUGCUCAAGUUGUGACUACAUGCUCUGGAAUACUUUCUUAUCCCUUUGACACAGUUAGAAGACGUAUGAUGAUGCAGAGUGGUGAGGCCGAACGGCAAUAUAAAGGAACCUUAGACUGCUUUGUGAAGAUAUACCAACAUGAGGGUAUCAAUUCCUUUUUUCGUGGUGCCUUCUCCAAUAUCCUUCGUGGUACAGGGGGUGCUUUGGUGUUGGUAUUAUAUGAUAAAAUUAAAGAAUUCUUUAAUAUUGAUAUUGGUGGUAGUUCAUAGGGAGAGUAA